AUGGCCAGCUCGCGCACAGAGCUCCUCGAGUGGAUCAACGACCUCCUCCAGCUCAGCCUGACCAAGGUCGAGCAAUGCGGCACGGGAGGCGUCUACUGCCAGAUCAUCGACUCGAUCUUUGGUGACGUCGCCAUGAACAAGGUCAAGAUGCAGGCCAAGCAGGAGUACGAGUACCUCGCCAACUUCCGCGUCCUCCAGAACAGCUUCAAGGUGCACGCCAUCGACAAGGCGCGUCCCUCCCUUCCCAUCCCUGUCGACCGCCUCGUGCGCUGCAAGAUGCAGGACAACCUCGAGUUCCUCCAGUGGCUCAAGCGCUUCUGGGACAUGAACUUCCCCGGCGGCGAGUACGACCCGGUCGCCCGUCGAGGGGGUGCCGGCGGACCGAGUGCGGGUGCGGCGGGGCCCGGACCGCGUGCGCCGUCCGCGACGGGCGCGGCAAGGGCUCCUCCGGCGGCGGCAGCGAGGCGACCAGCUGCUACGGCAGCCCGCACCUCUGCGGCGCGUCCCGUCGGCGGCGCCGCACGCGUCGGCGGGCCCUCGGCACGGUCCUCAUCGGCGGCGAGCAGUCGCGGCGUCGACCCGGCCGCGCUCGAGGCGCUCACGGGCCAGAUGAACGAGAUGAAGCUUUCGGUCGAGGGUCUCGAGAAGGAGCGCGACUUCUACUUCAACAAGCUGCGCGACAUCGAGAUCAUCAUCGGCGCGAGGCUCGAGAUCUCCGAGCAAGAGCCGGACGGCAACGGCGUCACGGACGCCGAAAAGGAGACGCUCCUCCAGAUGCAGCAGAUCCUGUACAGCACCGAGGAGGGCUUCGAGGUCCCCGAAGAUGCGCAGGAGGAGCUCGUCAACGAGGAGGAGGAGGAGACGUUCUGAGCGUGACCGGCCCGUCCUACGUCCGUCGAUCCUCGUCGCAAGGCCCGUUUCAAGCUGUCGACAGGCGCCUUACACUCGUCGACCGCCACAAGAUGCGCCUUGCCCUCGCCCUCCUUCUCCCACCUCUUUCCCUUCUUCCCCUCUGCCCACCUCGUCCGCCCACUUCGCAUUUCGUUACACCUCACGCCCGCCGAUACGCCCUCCUUGCCAGUCACUCUCCCUCCUACUGCCGUAGAGCUCCCCGAUACCCAGUCAACCGCGCUCUCGCCGUUCGCGCGCGCAAUGACCUCGUCCUUCUCUCUCUCUCG